AUGAAAAAGGACCAGCAAGCUAAAUAGUAACAGUCUUCUACAAAACCUUAAGAUGAAACCCUGGACUAGUGCCAGGAAAAGCUUAGAGAUGUUUACAUGAACUACAAGGAUUUAGUUCAUCGGUAGAAGGGAGAGAAAAGAAUAUUUUACUUCAAGCCUGAGACAUUCCUGCUAUAGGAUCCAGAAAAGCAGAGAGUUUUCAGAGAGAAACUUCUAAAAAAGAUUACAGCCAUCCCUAAUCCUUAGCCUAUCACUUAUAUGGGAGACGAACUUCAUAAAUAAAUAAUUGAGACUAUUUAGGAUAGAUCUUAACCUCCUCUGACAAGAAAAGCACUUGCCUCUUUUUAUAAGAGAAAGCAUUACUCCUUGUAGCACAAAAAAUACAAAGUGCUAUUAAGAUGGGCUCAUCACGCUUUGACAACAGAAUAUAUGGAGAGAAUAGGCCAUGAAGCUACUUUCAAGUAUGGAAAGAUGGAAUAUGAAAUGGAAAAUGCAAUGAAUAGAUGCGAUAGACUAGAAGGUGAUGAUGAUUAUGAUGCAGCAUUAAAUGUCUAAAGACCUAAUACCAAGGCAAAAGAGGGUGGGAGUCUAUAUGAACCAAUAAGCUCAUUAAGAAGAGAUGAUAUUGAAGUAUAUUUGAGAACUGUAACAUACGAGCAAAAAAUCUAAAAACUAGUUAGCAAAUAUUUGGCUAGACUUAAGUGGAUGCCAUUAUAUAAGAGAUUUGAAAUUUUCCAGGAUGCCAGAGGAGAGUAGACAAUACCGAAGAAUUCAUAAGAUCUGAAGGAAGAACUUGAACUUAUUAUAGAGAACUAUCAUGUUAGCAAGCAAAAAGCUUAAAAUUAAAACAAAGCUGAUAGUCUGUUGAACUCUAUUAAGAAUGACCAUGAUAUGGCCCCUUCAAUGAUAGAGAAUUCUAUUGAGCUCAAACUUCACAUUCUCGAUAAAUCUUUGGAGUACGGCAUUUAUGGAGAUAUCGAGCUGGACUAAGGUUAUUCGUUCGCUUAUUAGAUAACUAUUUUCUUUCCUACCUAUUUCUAAAGACAGAUCAUUAAGAGUUAAUUCUCAUUGUAUGAUGCUUUUGCUGGCGAGGAAAAGGACCAAAACUCAAUCUAGAAGAGAAACUUACAAAAUAUGGUCAAGAUUGACACAAACAUUUUUAAAGAUAUCUCAACCACUAAAAAUAACAUACCAAGUUAAGAUUCGUUGAAUAUAGACGAAGGAUUUAGAAGCAUUAAGGUCUUAAGACUUAAAUCUUGUGCUUAUUGGAUAGAUUAUUGUGGAGUGAUGCAGCCUUAGAUACCUGCACACAUUCAAAAGUAAGCUGCAUUCUUAUCUAUCAAUAAUCCUAUUGACUCUCUAUUGAGAUCAGCUCUAAACUUUUUGGAUGUGAAUGACUUGGCUACAGUCAAUCGAAUUCUCGAAGAAACCGCUAGACUUCACUAAGCUUAAUAGAAAGAUAAAUUUAUUAAUAACUCAAAGAAUAAGAAAAAGAAGUCAGCAUCAGGAUAGUAAUCAGCUAACAUGAAAAAGAAUUAAGAGCACCAUCCUGAAAAGCCAUCAAUGCAUGAUGAUACUCAAAAUAUCAGAGAUCAUUUCACUUCAGCACUCAAAGGUGACAUUUAAUAGGAUUAAAAGGACAAUAUGAAGGAGCUUCCUAACGUAAGCAUAAAUAGCUUAAGAUAUCUUCCUUAGCAUAUGAUUCAUGCUUACUAUAUAUUGAGACAUAUGAAAAGUAGAGAUUACAAAACCAAGAUACUCUACAUCAUGAACUAUUUCAGAGCAAUUCAAAAGAGAAUGAUGCUUGAUUUAAGAGAAUUUGCAACAAGAGAAAGAAUACUUGGUGAUCUAGUUUAACCUAUCAUACCUGCUACAGAAGCUGAUAAGAAUUCCCAAAUUAACGCAAACGCUUCUUACUUCAAGAAUCUAAACUCGUAAGAGCUAGGCAAUAAUAUCCCUUCCAAAAUUGUUAAUAGUGUCAACAACAUGUCAAAAGAUGAAAAACCCUCAAUGUUUUCCAAAAUAGCUGAAAAUGAUAUUGAAAAGGAAAAGCAAUUCAGUAUAUUUGAAGAUGGUGUUAUUAAAACAGAAAACUCUUUGGUAGAUAUGAAGAAAUAUAAGUUCAAAGGGAAAUUUAAUAACAAAGUGUUCUCUACUUGCCCUUCAAUACCAAGAUUUCAUGCGACUUUUGGAGAGCCUAUAGAAUUUUAGCCUUAUAAUGUAGAGCUGGAAAGAAUCGGAUCAAUAAAGCAUGCUACUGACGAGGGAGUUAAAUUACUUGGGAGAGUAGAUCACAUUGAGGUUGAUGCCAAGAAUAGAGAAGUAUUUGUUAAGGAUGAUUUUGGUUUGUACAUAAUGUAUGAUUGCUCAUUCUAAGAUAUGAAGGAUUUAGAGGAGGAAAUUCUCAAGAUUGGAAGUUUUUACAUUGCUAAACAUGAAAUCCUUAUUAACACUGAAAAUGAAAAGCCUUAUCCACUAAUUGAUAGACUCUCCUUAAUGGAAGAUCUGCUUGAAAUGGAAUAGCAUUUUCAGUUCAAAAAGGUUUAACUUAUUCAAACAUAUAUGGAGUGCUAUGAGCAUAUAUCAGAACCUUUGGAAUAGUAAAGAUUGAUGCAAAUCAUUAUAGAUUUAAUGUCUUUAAGACCAAGGCUUAAUCUCAACUCAACAUAUUUUAGAGAUUCCUAUCAAGCUGAAAUUAAUUGCUUAGAUAAACACACUGAACUUCUAUAAGUAAUUAUCAAGAACUAGAUGCUGAUAGAAAAAGAGGAAAACAAAAGAGUGCAUGCCUACUUAGAUCUUACCUAUAAAAUAGCAAAUGAUCAGAUAAAGGGGAAAUGGACCUAUUCAGAUGCUGAAGACUUCUUUGAGGAACUUAAAAAGAGAAAAGCUACCAUCAAUAUCAUGAAUGGAAUGAAAGUAGAAGAAAAAAUAAAUGUUGAUGAGGAUUUGAAUCCCCACAUUACAGACAUGAAUCCAUCUCAAGCAUCAGAUCAAAAGGAUGAUGAUAAAGAUUCAUCUGCUACCAAAAGAUUCUUAAAUAAAGUCAACGAAAAUAAAUAUGGUAGUAAGUUUCAAGUAUAGUAAGAGCCAGGUAGUAAUACUAACAAAAAUCCAGGUCCCCCGUAAAAUGAAGAACUUCAAGGAGGUUUUGCUGCUGUACUGGGUUUACCUCCAAUAACAGUGGAAAGUCUCUAUAUGCAAUACAAGGAAAAGGAUGAAAUAAUUCUAGAAGUAAUGAAUGAGAAUGCGAAUUUCAUCAGAGUAUAUGAAGGCUAUCCAGACUAGCACCUUUAUCUCUCAGCAUAAGCAUCUUAAAAGCUCUGUCUUUACAAAUUUUCAGAGUGGAAUAUUCCAAUAAAUGUCCUUGAUUUUUUCGACUCCUUGAAUUUCUGCACAAAAUUUUAUGCUACCAUUCAAUCGAUCUAUGUUGAACUAAAUGAAGUCUUGAAGCCUCACGAUCCAUCACUUGCCACUUUAAUUGAGACUAAAAUUCUAGAGAGAAGUCUUGUUGAGUAUCAAAAAUGUAAAGCAUUCUUAGCUGAUGAUCUCAAAGAAUAUAAAGGAGCAGAGUAUAUAGAGGAUGAAACAAUAGUGGGAAAUGCUGAUAAGCUUACUUUUUACGCUAAAGACAUGGUAUCACACUUAGCAAAGUGCUUAAAGCCAAAUAUUAACCCAUUUUUAAUAAGCAAGCUUGAUGUAGAAACUAUAAACUUCUUCGACUAUCCCUAAUAAUCUAAAGAACAAAACCCUUAUUUAAAAGCACCUCUCCUGCUAAGAGAGGAUAUGGAUGUCUCGCUUAAGAUAGCUGAAAAUCAUGCGAGACCAUCAGCAGGCAGCUAUUAGAGAUUUUUCCCACAGCUUAAAGAACUAAUGAGAAAAAUAAAUAUUCCACCAAUGCUACAAAUCUAUUGUAACACUGUAGAAUUGCUGAGACUUAGACAGGAAUUGCUAUUCGCAGUGAGUGAAUCAAUGCUUCUUUAAGAAGUUUAUGAAAAUUAAUCUAAAAUGGUAAAUAGGUAAAAUUUCAAGGUCAUCUACUCAGAUUAGAUAAACUUUGAUAACUAUUUGAUAGAUCAAAGUAAAAUCAAUUAUAUCGACGAUGGUCCUGCUAAGUUGAUAGACUUUGAUUUGGCAAUUUCAGAGUUUGACCAAUUACUUAAAUCUAACUUGAAUUUCAGGAGUUCUGAUGCCAUCAAAAUGAUGAUGUGCAAUAGUGGUUUAGAGGAGUUGAGGGCUAUUUUGCAUUACUAACUCAUGUAAAAGCAGUUGCUUAUAAUUGGAGUCAGAAUGAAUCAGCUACUCAUUGACACUCAUAUGAGAGCUUUAAGUGAACUUGAAUUAGCUAAAAAAGGCUUUGCUCUUCCAAACAUGAUAGUAAAGCUUCCAAGUUUGAUAUCAAAGACAGGAGAUGGGUUUAAUUUAGAAAGCUAUCAAAGAGAGAGAUAGAAAUUUUAAUCAAACUUGGUAAAUGAAGCAGCACCAGUAUUUUACUAUAUUGGUACUAGGAAAGCUAAAUUGAGGAAUACUGUCAGCAAAAAAUUCUCAGUGUUUUUGACAUCAGUGGCUUCUACAUUUGGAAAAGUUGAAUGUAGUCUAAGAGUCUUGAGAGCCUAUAAGUUGAAAUUAGUACAUUCCUACUGCAAAGAGGUAUUGAAGGAAGCAUAUCAUGAUUCAAUGAAGAUCCAAGCAGUAGCUGCAUGCUAAAAACUCAGAACUCUUAGUCAGGUUUUCAAUAUAGAUGAAUCUAUAUUAAGUCUGGGACAUAGUUCAGGAGGAAUAGACAAGCCCUAAAUCUUCAAAUACGAGUAGAAUGAUUUCUUUGAGAAUUUCUUUUGUGCUUAUAAUCCUUCCUAUUAAGAAAAUCAGUAGAGCAGUUUUUCCAAAGAUCCAUACUCAAGUAAUCUUGCCUUUUCAACAGAAAAUCUAGAGAUCUAGAACUACUAUAUGAUACCAUCAACAAUCAGUUUGAUGAAGUGUGAAGCUAUUACAUACGAGGAGUUAUCAGCUAUUAAUACCAAGCAUCCAAGUUUUGAUUUCUCUGGAGUUCCAGAUGAUAAUGAUGUAGAGUUAAGUAUAAAGAAAAUGCUUCCUAAAUUCAGGCCCUUAGCAUCUGAAUACCCUAAAGAUGACUAUGAAAAGGACCGUAUCAGCUUGAGAUAUGUAGACUUCAAAGAUUCGUAUGACUACUCUGUCACUGUUUACUCUCAACUAUUUUCUUACUAUUGUAUGAUUGAGAGAAUAUUUCAUAUUAAGUACUUUAUUACAAAACUAGCUUCUAACCUAGUUGAUUCCCUGAGUAUGGAACAGCAUGUUUUCAAUGGUCUACCUUUUUGGAAUUUGGAUACUGAGACUGAAGGAAUGAUAAAAUCAAUGAAGGCAGAUACUGAUAAAGAGAGACUCUCUGAGAAAAUCCUUAAUAAGAUAGUAGCUGAGAAAAGAGCGAGAGUGAAUCUUUCAGACGAUGUGAUAAAUCUUUCAAAUAUGCUAAACUUAGUGAUCAAGAAGAUGUAGCAUUUCAUUCAUCAUAAAGCACCAGAUAAAAUAAGUUAAAGUUCAGUGAUAAUACCAAGAUAAAGGGCGCUUGAAUUUCUUUACUCAUACCAUGAAUUCAGGUACUACUUCUUAGUUCACACAAUGGAUAAACUUAUUGAUUCUUAUCAUUCAAAAGGAGGAUCAAAAGAAGUUAGAAUUAUCAGUGAGUUCUAGUAACGACUAAUUAAGAGAGAUCACGUCAAAAUAUCAUAUAGAUACAACUCUUUCCAUUCAAAUGCAUCUUUGACUCGACCAGACCAUUUCUCUUUAGAAUCUAGCAACAUCUUUCAUUACUAUGGGAACCACGAGGAAUACUCAGAUUUUAACACUUGCUUAAUGCCAAUAGUUAAUGAACAUGCUAUGAGUCCAGCAUAGAUAACUUUAUUCGAAGGCAUCUAUGUUAACCAAAAAAUGAAAGCAACUUAAUUUGUAGGGUAGAUUCCUAAUUAUCCUAGAGCAUAUCCUUCGCUUGAAGCAGGGUUGAUAAACCUAAGUGAAACUGAGAGAGCAUACGUGAAUUCGUCAGUUCACAGUAUGAAGGGAUUCUUUAAGGACUAUCUUGAAAUUAUUCAUCAAGAAGUCAUUGAAAAUGAAGAAGCAAUGAAUGUACAAAGCCUUAAAAAAGUUAAGAAAUUCUUAGGUGAACUCAUUCAAGCAAAGCAGCUUAAAAAUGCCUUGAUAUGCUGGCUUGCCAAUUCCACAUUACCAACAGACACUAAAAUAUAUCAAAGCUAUCUACAACAGUAUAAGAAUGAUAUUUUUUGGAAAAUUAUGUAUCAAAAAGAUUAGCUACCAAGCGUCUAUGGUCAUGCAUAGCAAUAGCAUUAGUAAUAAUAACAGUAGAAGACUUAACAGAGUCUGGAACUUUAAGGCAAAGAAAGAAACAAGCAAGCUGAGUAAACUAUGCUAUUGAAUUAGUAAUUGAUUAACAUGCAAAUCUAAGUCUUGGUUGAUCAAGUCUAAUCAUGUAAAGCAGAGACAAUAGUGCUAUCUAAUGAAAUUGAAAGACAAAUAGUUAAAUCAGCUAUCAGUGCUAUAGAUUAGGAGGCCUCUGCUUUAGCAAAUUGCUUUUCAAUGAACUCAAAGAUGAUUGAUAUGCAUAUCCAUCCUUUCUAGUAAUUUGCAAGCACUUGCUACUCAGUUGUUGAUUAAAAUAGUCAUCUAGAUAUGGUUACAAAAGUAGCUGAGGUCCAAAAAUUCAUUACUAAACUUAGAAACAGAGGAACUGAGGUUGAGACUCUUACUAGUGGUCCUGGCAUGGUAUUUACAAUUAAAGACUUCAAUGAAUGCAUUUAAAUAUUGUGUAGAGGUCUGAUUAAAUAUUCAGAGAGAGAAAUGAGAUCUAGAAGUGAAGACUUAUCUAAGAAAGAAUAGCAUUACUUGACUCUGCUAUACGUCAAAGACAGGAAAAUUGAAAAUCUAGAAGAAAGAAUAAGCAACACAAGAGAUAAUCUUGAUAAGCUUAUCAAUUCCAAAAUGUAUGAGAAGGGUAACUAACUCAUAUAUGAACUAGAUUUGGUUAACAGACAACUCAGAUUAUUUAAGGAUAAUAUUUUUGCAAUGGAAAGAGAGCUGAGAUCAAAUAUCAGAGCAGAAUUUGCCGAAACACUCAGAAGAAACAUGAGAGAUUUAGACACCUCUGUAAAUAGAUUCAAAGACUUCAAGAAUGAUGUCACGACUAAAGUAAAAGCUGACUUAGCUCAAGAACAAUAUAAAAUUGAAAAAAUUUUGAAGAAAAAGGCUGAAGAAUUCAAAAAUAUCUCCACAACUUCAAAUUCAAAUAGAGAUGGCAAACUUCAGAAUAGAGUCAAGUUCUAAUCAACAGAGAUAGUUGAAAAUCCUGCUUCUAGGGCUAGCAAUUUCCCAACUUUACAAGAAUUGAAUGAGAUGACUGAACGAGAAGCAAGAGCAGAAUUAGCUCAAAUGUGGGAUAUCAUGAGAAAGUUAAGAAUCUUUUGGAAGACAAAGGAAGUUCUUACUAUCGAUAAAUACGAAAAAGAAAUCUUUACUCUAAAGAAGCAGCAAACUAGCAAUGCAUGUCUAUGGGAGUAAUUAGCAGAAGCCGAGAAGAGAGAAAAGGUACUAAAACAAGAACUAGUGUUUACUUAAUAAUCAUUAGCAGCUAGUGAAAAGGUUAUUGAAAAGCUAAAAGAUGAUUUAAGAAGAUCAGAGAGCGACAGAAUUAGACUUAAUCAGUACAAAACCAAUAAAUCUCAAAGAUUAGAGGAGCUUGAAGGAAAGGUUAGAAAAUUUGAAGUGCUUGAGAAUAUCAACCUUGAAAAGUUGAUUGACACUUUGGGUAGCAAAGAGAAGGAAAUAAUGAAAUUGAAAGAUUUAGAGAAGAACUUCGAUCAAAGACUACAUGCUAUAGAAAAGAGAAAAGAUAAUGAAGUCUUUAAUAUUAAGGGAUAAUACUAGAAAGAAUUAGUAUUAAAAAGAGAUGUGCUAGAAAGAUUAGAAGGCUUAAGAAUGGAAUUGAGAAUGCUUGAGAAAAAUGAAGGAUCUAUGGCUGAGGUCUGGAAAACUAAAUGUAAGGAGCUAGUUGAGAUUUGUAAUAAUCUUAAAAAUGAGAAUGAUUAGAUGAGAACUAGGUUAGUAAACCUAUCCUAAUCUAUGCAAAGCUAGUAAGAAUAUACUUAGGAAUUAGAACAACAAAAUUCAAAACAAUAGAGUCAUGAUAAUUCUUUCUAGCUACCAAAGCUAAUGCCAAACGUUAAUUACAAUAAAAUGCUCAACAACAUCUAAACAAGUAAAUAUGGCACAACUACAGGCUCAAAUACAAGACAUUCAUCUGUUGCUAAAAAUGAAUCAUAAAUGAUAUAAGGAUCAAUGGAAAAAUCAUUCUUAGGAGGAGCCACUGUAGGUAACUACUAAGAUAUUAGCACUACAUCCAAGCCUGGGGCUAAAUAAUCUGCUCAUAAGAGAGGCUAGAGUAUAAAUGAUUCUCAAAGCCAAAGUAAACUUACUGACAUGUCUUAAAAUAAGCAAUUACAUGGCAAUAUGAUAAACAGCUAAAGAUUUGGAAUCAAAGGUUAAUAAGCCUAAAUCACAUUUGGAAAAGGUUAUCAAUCAGUAAGAUAAUCACAAGUUGGAGUAAACUAGUUUAAGUAAAAUGAAGAUAUGAAUGAUUUUAUGAAGAAAGGAGUUACAGGAUAAAUGAAUUUUAAAUCUGGAGUUGAGAUGACCAAUACAACAACUUCCUAUAACAAUAAUACUUUCUUAGCAAUGAAUAAUGGUAAUAUGGAUAGUUCAUUCAACAAGAUAAUGAAUAGCAAGGCUAUUGGCUAGAGUAGUGAGAUAUCAAAGGCAAGAUUAAAUGACUCUAGACAUAAUGAAUCUAGAAAAGUAUCUUAAGAUAGAUAUGGAUCAUCUGCACUUUUAGCUGGAGGCAUCAGUAGUGCAGGCUCUCAUAAGAAAAGAAGCAAUAAUGAUAUUGUAGGCUUCAUGAAUUCUGAAGUUCCAAGCCCUAUGAAGCAUUCAAAUAUCUUUGAAUAAAAUGAGCUUCAAGAAUAGCAUCCCUAACACACCUCUUAAUAUUCAAAAGAAGAAUUACCACUAAGCAAUGAUUAAGAUAAUAUUCUCUCAGCCAAACAAUCUUCUAGAGAAACAUAAUGA